UGCGUCAGUGUCAAACUUUUUUUUAUUUAUUGUUGCUAAGCAACAGUUAAAAACUUAAAAGUUUUUUGUAUUUGUAAUCAAAUGAUUUAAAAUAUGACCGAGCCCUUUAAUUCUACUGGUCCAGAACCUAGAAAAGUAGGAGUUUGGACAGAAGGAACUCAUAUAGAGGCAAAAGAGUUUGUGAUACCAAAGAAAUCGCCAGAAUCUAUUGAUGAUAUACCCACCAUACCGGACUUAGAUGACUUGCAGGACAUUUUGGAAAAGGAAAUUUCUAUGCCACCCAUUGCCAAUCAAAAAGAUGCAGAAACUGCAAACACAUUAGCGGAAGUUGGUGGUGGUGUAAGCAGCUCGAGUGAGGGUGUGGAAGCGGUGCUGGAAGUGCUCAUGUCUUACAUGCCUCAAGCAGAGGAGUCUGAUGUGGCGGACACUGUGUGGACUGUGGACUCCUUGCUCAAUGAACUGGCUGAAGAGAAUGAUAAUACUGGCAAUUAAAGGGGUAGUUAGUUAUUCAAAAGUACUAACUAUAAUGUUUUAACCUUUUUUGGUUGAAUUCUGGCUGCUCUUUUAAUAAUGAUAAGAAUAAUAAAAUAUAUACAAUUAAAAAAUAUAUAUUUACUGUAAUUAAGUUAAAAUA